AUGGCUCCCCUUUUCGCCAAGCGACUGAAUUGCUUCUACUGUGGGCGUCGAUCUGCUCAGACUGAUCGCGACUCCGUCCGCAAAUGGCGUUGCGCCCACUGCGAAGCCGUUAACUAUCUAGAUGAAAAAGGAGAGAUCACAGAUCCCCCGGCUACCGAAACGAAUCCCAAUGUAUACGGUCCCGGCGCACCAGAUCCCCCGUUCGAGUCCGCCGACCUGACGGGGUCCGGCCUAUUCUGUUCCCACUGUGUCCGCAAUCAACAUCUGUUUACGAGUGGCUUGGCCUCCUACUUCCCCGCUGCUGACGACCCCGAAUAUGGUGCAUAUGAGCGAGAGUACCCGAAAUUCCGAAAAAACCUCGAAGAGCGGUAUCCGCAGGUGUGUGUCAGAUGCGAGCCUCGAGUCAGACAGCGCAUCCGCCAGACGGGGUAUGAGGCGAAAUCCGACCACCUCCGACGGAUGAUGGAACGCAGCAAAGAGGGGAGGGCGGCGAGACAGGCCCGCAACUGGAACUGGAGGAGUUUAUUGGUGUUUGCGGGUGCCAUAGGCUCCUGGACUAGUAUUGCUGGUCAACUUUCCUGGGACUUGUGGAGUGCUCUGGCGGUCGCCGAGGAUGACUCGCUAAGAGAUCCGGACGCGUUUGGCCAGCCGUCGCCAUCAAUAGUUUCCUGUGCUUCGCAGGCGCUAUGGACGCGUCAACUACCGAGUGACUGCAUGGUCGACCUCGCGCCCUACGCCGGCCUGUCUCUUAUUGCGGGUAUUCUUUCGUUGUGGUAUAACCCGAAACUGCGACUGAAGGUCGAAGGACGAGGGGGCCGCUUCGUGGGCCUUGGCGAGUACUACAAGGUACAGCUGAUAGUUAUGGUGGUGCGAUGCGUCUUCUGGGGUGUACUCAGAGAUCCCUCGUCGAGCGGACUCGAUCCGUCGCUGCCAUCUGCCCUCCACUGGUUUAUGAUCCUGUUUACAGUCUUGUCCGUUGUAAUCUCCCGGCGCAUUGUGCAGUACGAUACUCGGCCACUGGUGACAUGGAAUGAUCUCACGCCCGCACCUACUCCACAGCGCAAAGUCGACGCGCCGCCUCUGCCGGGUAACAGUAGCAAGGUGUCGUCUAUGACUCCAAAUGGAAACUUAUUUCAAACUACGCCGCGGUUUCCUCUUGAGAAAUUGGCUACUCCCCAGCCUACUCCUCAGAGGGAACCAGCUAUACCCACUCCGCCUCCGGAAGGAGAUGAUAUGGACUGGACUCCUUCGGUGCAACAUAACAUCCGACCGGCAGUCAGUGUCCAGUCGAAAGAUCAAAGCUCCAUCCUUGAUGGCCCUCUGCCUUUUUACGGGGCGCUACCUGCUGCCCCUCAACCUCCUUCAUGGACGCUGCGAAAUCAACCCGCCCAGCGCCAGAAGCCUCUUGAACAAAUCGUCGCGCCAAACCCCUUCCACCGCACACCCACGCAAACGUCCAAAACGUGGCAGCGCGAUAAUGACCCAGCUGACAACGUAUUUGCGCCGCCAAAGUUCUUCCCCAUGAGUGACCAUGUUGCGUCAACCGGACUGGAGAACCUAUUCGAUCGCACUUUCACCAUCAAGUCCCCGGAAGACGAGGACGGUGACGGCUGGCAACCGCGCCCAGAGGCGGCAGAUACACGACCUCAAGCUUCGACAGAUCUAAAGGGCUACUUCAUCGUUCAGUAUCUUCGGUUCGGAUUGUUGCUAGCUUCAAUUGGUUCAUGGUUGCUCUCACAGCACGAGCUGAUCGCGGUGCCUGGGAACUAUAUCGAGGUUGGCUCACUUGGCAGCGCAAGUCUUCUCGCUGGGUUUGCACUGCUGGAGGUGUUGAAGCAGCCAAUUGUGCAAUGGAACGGCAUGGAGAUUCUUGUUUAUUUCGCCGAACUCGUGGCGGCCGUCCACUUGGGCGGAAACCUCCCCCGAGUCUCCUUCGAGCGCCAUUACUUCGACCGGUACGGCAAGCUACUCCUGAUCUUUAUGGCCGUACAGGAGGCGCUGGGUCUGCUUUCCCUCUAUCAGCUCGCAGCCAGAAACUCAGGAUCCCAAGCGCAGACCCAGAGCAGGCCGCCUACAUCGACCUCGACCUCGCACGCUGGCCCACCACCGCGCAGUCCCGCUCUGAUAGAGAAUGGCAGCGGCUUAGGUUCUCCUUCAGUUGCGUCUCCGUCGACUGUGCCGCCUCUGUCCUUUUCUUCCACUUUGAACUCCAGCUUCAACCAACCCGUUGAGGUUCAGCAGCGAUCCGCCUUUGCACCACUCAACAGUGGGUUCGGUAGCGGAUUCAACAGGGAUCAUAGCUUCAGCCUGAACAGCUUGAAGGAUAACGAGUCCGACACUUCUGACGCGUUUGACCGCGAUUCCGACACCGAGACUACCGCCACGGCUACUACCACGGCCACCAGCAAUACCAUCCGGAACAUCCGAUAUGGACGGGACAACAUCGAUAACACCUUCUCGCCCCGAAAGUCUGAACUUGGCUCCGGGAUCGGGGGCCUGAGUCUCGAGGACAACCCUCGCCGAAUGACCCGCAGUCAGACGCAGCGGCUCCAAAGCCGCCGAACUCCAGCGAGGACCUUUGGUCGGAUUUGA